UCAGACGUUCCCAACUUACUUCCCUUGUUGCUGAUUCAUCAUAAAUAAAUUCUGAGAUGUGGCGAGUUGUUCAUUCAAGGGUUCUUGCAAAUCCUGCAAAGACCCUUGCUCCACUGAGCAGCCGAUGCAUUCACAGGGAACCAAUAGAUGAGAAAUGGAAGGCAGCUGCAGCGAAAGAAAUCAAGGGGAAGGAUGUAGAAGAAACUCUUACAUGGAGAACACCUGAGGGUAUUAAUGUUAAACCAGUAUACACCAAAGAUGACACCGCCCAUAUUGAAAAGGAGUUGCCUGGCCAGUACCCAUAUACCAGGGGGCCGUAUGCUACCAUGUACACACACAGACCUUGGACCAUCAGACAGUAUGCAGGGUUCAGCACAGUAGAAGAAAGUAACAAGUUUUACCGAGCCAACAUCAAGGCCGGGCAACAGGGGCUUAGCGUGGCCUUUGACCUGCCGACACAUAGAGGCUAUGACUCUGAUAACCCACGUGUCCACGGUGACGUUGGCAUGGCAGGAGUGGCCAUUGACUCGGCUGACGAUAUGAAAAUCCUCUUUGACGGAAUCCCCCUCAACAAGAUCUCCACUUCUAUGACAAUGAAUGGGGCAGUAAUCCCAGUGCUGGCCAUGUAUGUGGUCGCUGCAGAGGAACAGGGAGCAAAGCAAUCGGAGCUAGCAGGCACGAUUCAAAACGACAUCCUGAAGGAAUUUAUGGUGCGCAACACGUACAUCUUUCCCCCAGAACCCUCCAUGAAGAUCAUCGGGGAUAUUUUCGAGUACACAUCAAAGAACAUGCCCAAGUUCAACUCAAUCUCAAUAUCCGGCUACCACAUGCAAGAGGCAGGUGCCGACGCCGUACUGGAGCUUGCCUUCACCAUCGCUGAUGGGUUGCAGUACAUUCGCACAGGUAUUGACAGGGGUUUAGACGUGGACAAGUUUGCCCCCAGAUUGUCUUUCUUCUGGGGAGUUAGCAUGAAUCUCUACAUGGAAAUAGCAAAGAUGCGUGCCGCACGUCGAUUGUGGGCUAAUCUGGUGAAAGAGAAGUUCCAUCCCAAGAACUCAAAGUCCCUGUUGCUAAGGGCUCACUCACAGACUUCAGGCUGGUCCCUUACUGAACAGGAUCCCUACAACAACAUAAUCCGAACUGUUGUUGAAGCCAUGGCUGCCGUUUUCGGAGGCACCCAGUCCCUACACUCGAACAGUUUCGACGAGGCCCUUGGUCUACCUACGCCAUUUAGCGCACGUAUCGCCAGAAACACACAGAUUGUACUUCAGGAGGAAUCUGGUAUUACUAAGGUGGCAGACCCAUGGGGAGGAUCGUAUAUGAUGGAGAGUUUGACGGAGGAGAUUUACGAUGCCGCCCUUAAAGUCAUUAAUGAGAUAGAGGAAGUGGGCGGUAUGGCUAAAGCUGUGGCUACUGGUAUGCCGAAACUAAGAAUAGAGGAGUGUGCAGCUAAAAAACAGGCCAGGAUUGACAGUGGGACAGAGGUGAUUGUUGGUGUGAACAAGUAUCGUCCGGAUGAUCCAGAAAUGGUUGACGUUCUGUGUAUCGACAAUAAAGAUGUCAGAGAGAAGCAACUUGCCCGCCUGCAAAAAACUAAGGCAUCCAGGGACAGUGCUAAGGCCCAAGAAGCUCUAGACAACAUCACAAAGGCCUGCGAGUCAAAUGAUGGCAACUUGUUAGGGCUGGCCAUUGAGGCUUCCAGACAAAGAUGUACUGUUGGAGAAAUCACUGAUGCUAUGGAAAAGGUGUUUGGUCGACAUGUGGCCAGCGACAGGAUGGUGAGUGGGGCGUAUAAGUCAGAAUAUGGAGCUGAAUCUGAGAUAGAUGAGGUCAUCAAGAGAGUUGAGAAAUUCCAAGAGAACGAGGGUCGACGUCCGCGUAUCCUGGUGGCGAAGGUCGGACAGGACGGACAUGACCGAGGUGGAAAGGUCAUUGCAACCGGCUUUGCAGAUAUGGGCUUUGAUGUUGACAUUGGUCCCCUAUUUGCGACACCUCAAGAAGCUGUCCAACAGGCCAUUGAUGCUGACGUCCAUGUGGUUGGAGUGAGCUCACUGGCAGCGGGGCAUAAAACGCUCAUACCCGAGAUGAUUAAUGCGUUGAAGGAUAUGGGAAGACCAGACAUCCUGCUGGUGGCGGGUGGGGUAAUUCCACCCCAGGAUUAUGACUUCCUCUUUGAAGCAGGUGUUGCAGCUGUCUUUGGCCCAGGCACAAGAAUACCAGAUGCAGCCAUUGAAGUGAUUGACUUGUUAGAAGGAAAAAGCCCGCAGAAAAGCAAGGCCACUGCAUGAGCUACAAAUAUCGGCUUAUUGGCUAAAAAAAGUGUGAACAUUGGGAAAGACCAGAAUUAUACAUAACAAACCAUGUACAAAACAUUGUGUAUACAAUUUACUUGAUCUUUGGCUGGAUUGAAAAGUGCUAAAAUAAUGGUAAUGGUAAAACUGUAAUGAUUAUUAGCAUAAAUGGCAAGAUGCGAUGCAAAUGUAAUUAUGAUUAGGUCGUCUUGGUGUAGUUGUUGGCCUCAUUGUGUAAAAUUAAUAACUUUCAUUCUGAUAUUUGAAUGAGACUUGGUACAGAUGUUGCCUGAGACAAUACUCACAUUAAUAACAAGGCCCCUAACUCUGAUUGUAUUAACUGUUGAUAAUGCCCCUUGUUCGACUGAAAAUAACAGACAAGCAUUGUUGGUCCCUCUGCGGCUCUCUUGUUUCAUGAUAUUAAUAUUUGUUGCUUUUAGUUUAUUAUGAUGUAGAACGCUAUUUAUGUGACAUGAUUUUGUUCAGUAUGGAGGAUCUUACAUUAGAUGCCAUUUAAUAUUACAACUUAUGAUAUGAGUUAAAGAAAAAUUUAAAGCAUGUAAUUAUUACGUAACGGGUAUAAUAAAAUUUGUAUAAAAUGGUAACAAAUGUAAGAUUCCUUUAUCAUUUGAUUACACAAUUGUCGCACAAAAUGAAGAUUUUGUUUAUUAACGGUAAAAAAGUUGGAAUUAUGUCAAUGUCAAAUCAUAUAACACGAGUGAAUUAAAGAAAAUAUGUACUAUUUGUUAUACACUCAAAAGAAGUCAAGUUACAUGAUUAAUAUAUUGAUUCUUGUACUCAUGAAACUAAUUAUUUUUAUUGCAUUCUAUCUGACAGAGCAUGAUUAACCAAUUAAUCUGGUAUUUAGUUGAUAAGUUUGAAGGAUAUAAUUUUGCUUGUUUAGGACCCAUUUAUUGUGAUAUUAUGUUUAUACAUAUGUGUGAUUAAUAAUACUAAAAUUCUUACGAAAAUUAUGAGUAGUAUACUGUUCAUUUCAUGAUAAGGCGUAAUUAAUAUUUUAUCAAGACCUGCCCUAACUUUUUGGACUUGACCAUAUUUUUUUAUUAGCACCAGACAAACUUUUUUUUAACAAUUAUUUAUUUUUCCCUUUUGGGAUAAUGUUUGGUAAUUUCUUUCAUGAGGAAGAAGUGUAAAUAUACCCAGACAAAAUGGCAACAGUUUUCUGUGUGAAAAACAAAAAAAUCUCGACCAACAUGUAUCUCUUUUUUGGCAUUGAAAUUGUAAACAAUUUAUUUUAGGCCUUUUUGAUAAUAAUAUGGCAUUUACAUGUGUUUGUAUGAUAUAUCUAAUAUUAUUAAAUUCUUACCUCAAAUAAUACAAAUAAAGUAGUGUGACAUGUAUACAUUUUGUUUAUAAUAGUUGUUUUGUCUAUUUUAAUAUUGAUAUGUUUAUUAACUUCUUGAGAUCAUAAUUAUUUUUCAAGUACAAAGUCAAAAACUUAUCAUUUUCUGUUUGUGAAUUUGUAUAUAUUGACACUAGCAUAUCCAGGGGGGAAGGGGGUUGGGGUAGGUGGCGCACCCCCUGCCAACACUUAACCAAAUAAAUUUUUCGGUUCUCAGGGAGGGACGCAAGUCAUAAGCUGAAGCUCCUAAGUUAUGCCCCCUCUGAAGUUAAAUCCUGGAUCUGCCCCUGAUUGAGUCAUUGACACCAUUAAAAUGAAUCUUUGUCUUUGUAUUCGGUUUUCUGUAGCCUGAAUGUUACAAUAUUUUCGUAUUGUUUUUUUCUUGAAAUGGAUUGUUUGAUUAGAAUUGUUAUUUAUUGUUAAAGCAUUCUUUAGAAUGUUAGUGCUGUAUUUUUAGUGUACAUUCUAUAGAAUGGUAGUGCUGUAUUUUUAGUGAACAUUCUAUAGAAUGUUAGUGCUGUAUUUUAGUGUACAUGUAGAUGUGCAUCGUAGAUUCUAAUCUCAUAUGUUAAAAUAACAAUAAAACAUGAAAUAAA